AAACAUCAGCUGGCAUGGAUGAGCAGAGGAUCAAGCUGUGCGUACUGCUGAGCACUUUAGCCGCAUCAGUGCUAACUUACCAGCUCCAAGAGGCCACCGUGUAUUGGGAUGCUGCCCAGAAGAGUGUGAUCCUGAGGGAAGGGGUGAUGGAGACAGAGGGGGGAGCCUACGGUUACUUCAACGACACCCUGCUCCUCUCUGAUGGAUGGGGCGUCCUGGAGAUCUCCGCAGGUCAUGGAGGAAUCACACAGGAGGAUGAGACCACCUUCUUCCUGGCUGGGUACCUGGAGGGUUACCUCACUGCUGGACAGAUGUUCAAUCAUUACUCUAACAUGUACCCUCAACUCAUAAAGGAUGAGAAGGUUUUGAAUCCCCUGAAAAGAUUUUUAAGGAGAAAUUUCCACAGAGAUUUCACAGACUCAAACAGAUCAUCCUUCUCAUUACACAACAGUUGUACAUAUAACAGCCAGUACAUGGUGGUGGACCUGAGCAGGGUCUCUCUGGGUCACAGUAUCAGGGACGGAGCUCUGACUGUGGUGGAGCAGAUUCCCGGGAAGGUGUUGCACUCGGAUCAGACUCAAGCUUUACGCAGAGGUUAUUGGCCGUCCUACAACAUUCCAUUUCAUGCUGAAAUCUACAACCUGAGCGGGUACGGUGUGAUGUGGAAGAGAUACGGAGAGGACUUCUCUUACGACCUCUGUCCCCGAGCCAAAAUCCUCCGCAGGGACCAGGCCAAGGUGUUUGACCUCAGCUCCCUGAAACACAUCAUGAGAUACAACAACUACAGGAGAGACCCCUACUCAAAGGGCCAUCCCUGUAAAACCAUCUGCUGCCGCAACGACCUGAGACCAAGGAGACCUCGUCCAGGAGGCUGCUAUGACACUAAGGUGACAGACUACCAGAUGGCUGUCCAGCUGGCUGCGGAGGCAAUAAAUGGCCCAACGACGCAGGGGGGGCUGCGUCCGUUCUCAUGGCAAUCCUUCAACCUCACGACUCAUCAGGGUCUCCCACACACCUACAGCUUCCCCUUCAUCACCAUGAGGCCCACAAUGCGUCUGCCUUAA